CUAAAAAUCAUAGAAGUAUUAUUGAAGACUUUGAAAUAAAAAUAAUUAAAUAUAAUUCAGAAGUUAUUAAAUGUUUUGAUAUUAAAAAUAUUGUAUUUUUAAAUAAUAAAAUAUUUCUAGAUAGUAAAUCUAAUACUAAUAAUAAAGAACUACAAAAUAAUAAUAUUAAUAAAUUAGAUAAAUUUAAUAAUAAUUAUUUUGAUAUUAGUAAUAAAAUAGAACAAGAU